AUGAAGCUCUCCACACUUCCUUUCCUUCUUGUCUCGGCUAUCCAUGUUCAUGCUCAGACCGCAGAUCCUACCUGUGCCACCGGUAUUCCCGCAUCCAUUUAUCAAAUUAAUGGGGCCGAUUAUCAGUCUUGUUGUCCAUCAAGCUGCACUGCAUGUGGUGGUCCUGGGUGUAGCCAACGUCCGGGUGGCAGCGAAUGCUGCAAUGGUGGCAUUCGUGUUCUUGGCUACUCCUGCGAUACUCAGGGACCUCCCUGCCUGCUCAGCGCUCCCUUUACACCGUACCAGGAUCCUACCUGUGCCACCGGCCUUACCAGCGACAUUUUUGAGAUUUCUGGGGUAGAAUAUCAGGCUUGUUGCCCAACUAGCUGCACUUCAUGUGGCGGUGAUCGUUGCGACGACCUUCCGGGAGGACCCGACAAUUGCUGUGAUACUGAAAUCCGUGAAAGAGGCAACUCCUGCGAUGAUCAGGGACCUCCCUGCCUUGCCUCUGUACCCGAGCCAACGAACCCUCCCCCAACCACAACUGCAGGAGGUGGUGGCGAUCCCCACUUCAAGGUAAGCACCCGAUAG